AGGGUGAAAAACACUGAGCCAGAUUCCAAAAGGUCCACAGGCUUAUGCUUUGAAGAACACAAGGAGCACUCUACGUAUUCACUUGUGCAUGGUGCAGUACUCAAAUACCCGGAACAUUCUGGACAGUAGAUAUGGGUUGUUCGCUUGGCCUCGUACAACGAUGAAAAAUUCUUGAAAAACAAAAACUUUGUUUUGGGGAAAACAGCACCUUCCGGCGUGUGGGCAUCAAUCACUUUGAGAAAACUUUCUGUUGCUUCUUUUGAUGAAUGAUGCCUGAGGCUGUGGGCCAUCACCAUCACCAGACUUUGGCCCCUUGAAAGUUUUCCUCCUGGGUACAGCGGCUCACCCUGGAAAGGUUAAAGACACAUUUGGAAAUUAAGCUGUGAAUGGGUGGGUGCAAAAACAGGAAAAAAAAACCGUGAAUUACAGUUGAAGCCGUGUAAUUAAAACAGUGUGAUUCGGACGUUAGUUCGUUGCACAUGUGAGGAACUCACCAGUUCAUCUGUUGCUUCCGAAGUCUCUCCAGGUUCUGGAACAGUGUCGUCAUCAUCACUUGAUGAAUAAUCUUGGGAACAAUCGCCACGCAACCUUUCCUCCGCAGCGCAAGCGGUUUCGCAUUCCGAGGGCACAUAAUUUUCUUCUUCAUUGUCAGGAGAUGUAGCACGACCUCGCUCACUUUGUUCUACACUUCUGUUUGGAGCUUCAUUUAAUGGCAUAUUUUGAGUACCAUCAUCGCUGUCGGAUUCAUGCACGCUGCUAUUUCCGCAUGAGCUUUGCGUAGACGUCUGAAGAACAUUUCGUGCUGCUUCGUGUGCUUUCAGUCGACAUCUUGUUCGAACCGGAAUAUCGUACGCGGUGUCAUACAGAUACUGUUUAUAUCGUUUUGUUUUAGGCAUGUUAGAGAAAUUUCACAACCAUACGUGAUCACAACGGCCAACUUCCGAUUCUCGCCACGACCAUGGUCUUGGCCGGUCUCGGCUAGCUUGUCAAUUUUUUUUUUAUGCACCGUAUUCAUUAAAUAUAUUAUUAUUUUAUAUUACUAAAAUUAACUGUUUGUAUAUUUGAUUUUACAACGAUUAUUUGUAUAAAAUAGCAGUGAUUAUCGUAGGUGUCAGUGCGGUACGUGCGCCACAAGUACUUCCUACUGCCGUUAUCCAUAGCCGCUAGCCAGAUCGACGGUUGCCGCGCGUGUUUGCACUUGGAACUUGGUAAUUGUCUUUGGUAAUUUCGUAAGCAUGCACAUACUAGUGAAAUGGUUGACCGAAGACUCCUGGGAUGUUUAUGAUGUACGGAUGCUUGUGGAUGUGGCUAUUGGUUUCCGCCUCAUGGCAGACAAUACCGCCAUUGACGAUCUACGCGGUAGCAUUGUCUCGGUUAAGUGGAAGGACGGUGAACCGCCAUCUUCUGCAAAACUUCUUGAUUGCGGUACAGAAAAGGUGAUGGAGCGGCGCCGCGCUAGGCUCGCGAAACGUGGGACCAUAAGCUCAUCCCAAUGCUCUGAAAACGGUACCGAAGGUGGAGCUGCAGAAGCCCCACGAAAUUUGCAUAGAGGAGCACCAAAAUGCAAGUGUGAGGCCCAGCAAAAGGUGCAGGAGUUGCAGGACCGCAUCACGAAGCUUGAAGAAGAUCUGAGACAGGCACAAAACAACUAUGACUCAUAUCGAAUGGUUCAAAACCUGCGGAAAAUAACAAAGAGACUGGAGGCAUCACAACAUUCGACGCCUGUCGAAGCUGAAAAGGUGAACAUUGGCGGUGGAGUGCUGGUCGAAAAAACCUCAUUAGAUCAGCUCCACUCGCACUGCCGAGGGGCACCCACAAAAUUUGCAAGGGGACUCUUGCGGAUCCUCUUCCCCCUCGAAGAACUGCAAGGGAAAUCCCUUUUUGGAAAAGGGUCCAAUGCAAAUAAGGAUGGUCCCAUUAAGGAGGCCCUGGAUCCAGUACGCAUCAAUGCCCUAAUUGGUUACGUAUGCAGCAAGUUCGAUACCACUGUUGUGCAGUUGAAAAACAGUUUGUCAUCAAUGAUUUCACGGGAGUUGAAAUAA